AUAGAAGAAGGAAAGCGGAAGUGACGCGACUCUUACUAUUUAGCAGCGUCUUCAGUAUCCGAGAGUUUAAGGAAAGACGAACUGCAGCCGAAGAAAUCUCAGAAAUUUAAAAGACAUCAGUGAAGAGAUCAGCUGUCCACGCAGACUGUUGGAUAUCCGAGAUAAAGUCACACAGACCUCCCACAACAACAUGAAGUGUGAGGAAGAGGAGGGUCUGGAUGACCAGCAGGUCUGUAACCAGGAGAGAAAUUCCAGUCUGAGCAAGCAGGGCCUAGAGCUCCCACAGAUUAAAGAGGAACAGGAGGAAGUCUCCACCAGUCAGGAUGUAGACUCGCUUGUAGUGAAGCAGGAGGCCGAAGGAAUCAUCGUCUGGACUGGGGAAGAGCGGCUCAGACUACUGGAUACCAUCUGGAAAUGUGAAAAACACGACAAAGACUUCCCGCAACAACAUGUCUGUAAGCAAGAGGAGGAUCUGGAUGACCAGCAGGUUUUUGACCAGCAGGUUUUUAACCAGGGGGGCAACUUCAGUCUGGACCAGGAGGACCCAGAGCUUCCACAGAUUAAAGAGGAACCAGGGGAACUCUGUACUAGUCAGGUGCUUGUGCUGAAGGUCGAGACUGAUACCUUUAUGGUGACUUCUACUUAUGAGGAACCUGAACCAAACAGUGACCAGCUUCUUUCUUACAACUCUCCUGAACCAGAAAGUCGAGAUGAGGAUGAAAGUGAGCAUGUGGACUCAGGAUCAAAUAGAAAUGCAAAGCCUGAGAAGAGAGGACAUCACAGAAACAGUAACAAAGCAGACAGCUGUCCUGUGUCAGAGAGUCAGUGUGAAACUGACACAAGUAAAAAGUCUUUAAAAUGUGACACUUGUGGAAAAACCUUUGAAUAUAAAUACAAACUGACAAAACAUCAGAGAGUCCACACAGGUGAGAAGCCACAUUCUUGUAUCACUUGUGGAAAAAUUUUUAGUUACUUGUCUGCGUUAAAAACUCACAUGAGAAGUCACACAGGUGAGAAGCCAUAUUCUUGUAGCACUUGUGGAAAAAUAUUUAGUUACCUGUCUGCAUUAAAAACUCACAUGAGAAGUCACACAGGUGAGAAACCACAUUGUUGUAGCACAUGCGGGAAAAGGUUCAGUGAUCUGAUGAACUUGAAAUCUCAUAUAAGAGUCCAUACUGGUGAGAAGCCAUAUUCCUGUAGCACCUGUGGAAAAAGAUACAGUGAUAGGACGAACUUGAAAACUCACAUGAGAAUUCACACAGGUGAGAAGCCAUAUUCCUGUAACAUCUGUGGAAAAAGAUACAGUGAUAGGACAAACUUGAAAACUCACAUGAGAACGCACACAGGUGAAAAGCCAUAUUUCUGUAGCGCCUGUGCAAAAAGAUUCACUUAUAGGAUACAGUUGAGAAGACACAUGAAAAUCCAUGUUGGUUAAAAGCUUCCUACUUAGAUAAUGUAUGAAAGCUGUUAGGUGGAACAGUUUGUUAAUAGUGGAGCACAUGUUCAUGAGGAACCAAAUCACUUCAAAGCGUGAAGGAAGAGCUCAUACCAUUUUCAGGUCAAUAUGGUAUAUAUCCUGUCUAGAAUAGUAAUUAACUCUACUCCCUGAAUUGUUUAUUCCAAUUGUUAGCUUUUUUUUUUUUUUGUAUAUGGAAAACACUGAUUUUACAGCCAUCCAUCCCUUUUAUGGCACUUUUCCAAGGCCAAAUGUUGGGGCACACAGUCUAGGCAGAGAACUAUAGACGUCACUCGUCCCGACAACCUGCUUCAGCUCAUUUGGGGGACACCAAGGCAUUAGGUUCUAGGUUAGCCAAAAUAUAUAAUUUCUGUAGUGUGGCCCGGGUCUGCCCUCGGGCCCCUUUGUGUUGGAACACCUCACCUAGGAAAAGCUCAGGAGGCAUCCUAUUCAGAUGUCUGAGCCGCCUCAAUUGGCUGCAUGUCACAUUAUUUUUAUUAUUUAAGUCAUGUAAAUAGAACAAGAUACAAAGCCUUAAAACAUGUUAAAAACACAACAACCUUGAUAAACCCGGAGUAGUUAGGAUCUAAAAGCAAGGUUCAUCACAUCAUCACUUAAAGACCGGAUGACAACAAGCCAGAUACCCCAUGCUCCUAUGAGGAUGAAGAGCUGGACCUGAACCUGUGGUUCGAUUAACACAGAGUCAUUUCUCCUGUACCCUGGCAUAGAUCUUUCCCAGGAGUCAGAAUAAUGUAAUUGGAGCACAUCUUCCAGUCCCCCUUCUUAGGGUACCACUCCAGUCAGAGUUGUAGCCUUAGAUUGCCAAGCAGAGAGGUGUGUCAGCCAAGAAAGUGCCACAACAUUCAGAGUGUUGAGAAACUCAUGGUGAAUCUCAUCCACCCCAGCAGCCCUGCCACCAAGGAGUUGUUUAACUACCUCAAUGACCUCAGCCCCAGUAACGGGCAAGUCAUCCCCCUAGUCUCCCUAGUGAUCAGUUGGCAGCUCUGCUCCUCUAUUCACUCAUGUGUCCGAGACCACCAAUAAAACAUUGACAAAAUCUAUCCUUGACCUGGGGUGUCCUAGUGCCACAUGCACUUAUGUGAAUAACUUAUGCUCAGACAUGGUGGUUGGCGCAAAAGUCCAGUGACAAAACAUUAAUCAGGUAUGCUUUUUCUCUCAAUCACACCCCUCUAGUUUGCAAUAUCAUGUAGACAUGAACAUUAAAGUCUAAAAACAGGAAAAUAAAGUGCCCAGAUGUGUCACUUUCUAGCACCCCACCUACUGACUUUAAUAAAGCUGGAUAUUCUGAACUGUCAUUCAGCUAUAAUCAGGACCGGUUCCCUGACCCAAAGGCGCAGGGGAAAAGACACACUCGUCCAUUGGGAAAACCCUAUUGUACAGACAGUGAACUAUGUGGGAUAUGAGUAUACCCGUCCCUGCCUGUUGCCUUUCUAUGUAUGGGGAAUCUAGAGUUUGGAAGAGUCUGAAACAUCUCCAGAGUCUGAGCCAUGCAUUCAGGUGAACCUUACUAUGUCUAGUCAGUCUCUCUCAAUCUCAUGCACUAGCUCAGAUUUAUUUCCUACCAGAGAGGUGACAUUCUAUUUGUCAACUUCAGUUUUUCCUACCAUGAGCCAGGGUUACAACUCCUGGAGCCUCUGCCCUUCACUGCGACCCAGAGAGCAUUGCACCCGACCUCUACAGUGCUUUCUGCAGGUGCUGAGUCCGCAAGAGCCCAUUUUGCCUCUUUGGGCUGGGCCUGCUCAAGCCCCAUCGGUUAAGGUGUGCCCACCAGGUGUUCUCUCUUGAGCCUCCUUCCUCCCUAGGCCUGGCAUUAGGGAUCCAUGUGCUGGGCAGGGUGAACUGGUCCCUUGUUUUUCCUUGCUUCAAAGGGGUCACCUAAAUCGCUCAUCGUUGGCCCCUCACACAGGAACAAUUUGCCUGGGAGACCCUAACAGGGUCAAGCCUCUGACAUCAUAGCCACUGUGAUCACUGGGACAAACAAGCCCCUCUAUGAAUUGCAAUAAGGUUGCAAUUCACAGAGGGCUAAUUUUACAUUCGUCUGUAUUUGUACUUUUGUUAUUCUUUUAAGUUGUAGAGGUGAUACUUAAAACAUUAGCUGUAGAUUGAAGUUCUUAAUCGUUUUCACUAAACUAAGCUUUGUUGAACAAAAUAAAGCAUGAAUUUUU